AUGACUGAAAGUCCUUACUGCUUCACCUACCAAGAAAUACUCAACGAAGACAACCUUCAUCCCAAGCUAGUCAUCGGUAUACGAUCCAAGGAUCUCACUCAGCUCAAGCUGACAAGUACCAAUGUCAAGAUCACUCUAAGCCUACCGACCAUCACAUCCGGUCGUCCGAGCGCGACACUUGACCCAAAGUUCUCAGAUAAUGAUCUGAUGUAUCGAGCAACCACAAGAUCAUCAUCAGAAGGUAGGGUACAUUUCCCAACAAUGAAAUACGAACAAUUUGAUACAGAUACAAAAUCAUUCGGUCCACAAUAUUUGACUAAAGGUCCUCUGAUACUGACUCAUGCACCUGAGCCAGUCAAGGAGAUUUUGGAUAGAUGGUCUAACGAAGCUUCGACUACCUAUGGAGACCAAUCCAUAAACUAUCAACUGAAGAGCGGUACACUCACUGACCUUUGCAGCACGGUUAGGGCUGAUGCAGACAUGCCGGACAGUAAAGGGUACACCUGGGAUGGAGCACUUUUAGAAGAAAACUAUGUACUGCGUACCACACUUAUGAAAUGA